AUGCCUCUCAAACAUUGCCCAUCUGUGGACCUUGAGAAGCUGGCCCUGCAGCACAUUGUGCCUCAACUGUGCUCUGUUGGCUACUGUUACCUGGACAACAUCUUGGGAGAGGAGUUGGGGGACCAGGUACUGGCCCAGGUGAGGCGCUUGCACGAGGAAGGGGCGCUGAAGGAUGGCCAGUUAGCGGGGAAUGUACGAGGCGUCUCCAAGCAGCACCUGCGGGGGGACAAGAUUACGUGGAUCGCUGGCACUGAAGAAGGAUGUGAGGCUAUUGGACUUGUCCUCUCGGUUAUAGACCGACUUGUGGUGUUGUGUGGAAGCCAUCUGGGCCAGUACUAUGUGAAGGAGAGGUCCAAGGCAAUGGUAGCUUGUUAUCCAGGCAAUGGAACCGGGUAUGUGCGACAUGUAGAUAAUCCAACACAAGAUGGACGCUGCAUUACAUGCAUCUAUUACCUGAACAAGAACUGGGAUGCAAAGGUUCAUGGGGGGAUUCUGCGAAUUUUCCCCGAUGGCGGCUCAGAUGUUGCGGAUGUGGAGCCACUCUUUGACCGGCUGGUUUUUUUCUGGUCUGACCGUCGCAACCCACACGAGGUUCAGCCUUCCUAUGCUACCAGGUAUGCUUUGACCGUCUGGUACUUUGAUGCCAAAGAACGAGCAGCUGCUAAACAGAAGUUCAAAAGAUUAAGUGAAUCCAUGCAGGAUCCUCCUUCCACGGACAGUUAA